AUGCUUAACGAACACCCCGACCAGAUACCCCCAGUACUGGGUGCAAAGAACGAUGUGGCAGCAUCUAUAGGCUCCUCUGACGACGACAAGGCCCAAGGUCCCCAUGUCCUUGAACAGUGGCGGCUUCGGGGACUGUCACUGGUUGUCAUGGUCCUACGGUUAGCGUGGGAUCUUUUCACGCGAAGGAAUGUCCACAUUCGCACCAUCUAUCUACCUGCAGCAUUUAUAGCAGGUCUCCGUCAAGCUGCAUAUGCUGAGUACUAUAAAGAAGAUGGAAAUGAAACGAAGCCACCUUUUCUCAGCGACGGCGACCUCAUCACAGCUUGGGUCUCGCACAUAAUAUUGUCUUCGCAAGCCAAAAAGGGAAGACCUGCUGUAAUCCAUAACAUUUUCGACGCUCGUGGCCGAAUCAAGGGCCCAUUCUCGGCUCCGGGAGUCCACCUGCAGAAUCUGAUCCUUCCCGCUGUCGCCAUUGUACCAGCUGCACCUGAUGGCGAAACACCCUUUUCCGUGGGACAAAUUGCUUGCCGGAUACGACAAGCAAUCUUGGAGCAGACUACAGACGAACGAACAAGCUCGACGACUGAUAAGGGUAUUUAG